AAUGGCAAGAAGUAUCAGCGGCUGAUAAAGACAGCCAGAGAGUUCGACUAUGGCAAGUUUGAGCCCCAUAUAGUGCCCAGCACAAAGAAUCUACACCAGCUGUUUUGCAAGCUCACUCUAAGACACAUCAACAAGUUUCCAGAGCACGUGCUGCGUCACGUCCAAGGGAAGCGCUAUCAGAAGGCUCUAAAAAUGUAUGAGGAGUGCCAGAAGGAAGGAGUGGAGUACGUCCCUGCCUGCUUGCGACAGAAGCACCAGCAGACGCGGCACCCUGAUGACCAAAUGAACGGGAGCAGACAGCCUUACAGAAAAGAGGAAUUCUGGGAGCCAAAGUCCAGCGAUGAGGAUGGAGAGGAGACAGAUGACAGCAUGAGUGACCUGUAUCCAUCCGCACUCUUCCCAGAAAAAAGCCCAGCAGCUCCACAAACCACAAAGGGCAGCGAUGACUUUGCAACAGACAGCGAGGACGAGGGUGCCAAGCAGACUGGUGACGUGAACGGAGAGGACAGUGGAAGAAUGGAUGUCAGCGGAGCAGUUGGCAACAAAAGGGGAAAGAAACAGUCAGGCCCUUUAAAGAAGAAAUUCAAGAGUCAUCAUCGAAAACCCAAGAACUUCAAGAAAGCAAUCAAUGGCAAAUAAAUUUUACAAUAAAUACAUGG